AUCAUUUACAAGAAAAGAUAUGGCCCCAUGUGGAAGUCUGUUUAUGGUCCUUAUUUUAAUAUUAAUAUUGGAAGUCCAGAAAUCUUAGAGGAGCUGUUACGUCAGGAAGGAAAAUACCCAAUACGGAGUGACAUGGUCCUUUGGAAGGAACAUCGAGACGUACGGCACUUAUCGUAUGGCCCCUUCACUGAGGAUGGAGAACGGUGGCACCGUCUUCGGCAGGUGUUGAACAAGAGGAUGCUCAAGCCUUCAGAGGCUAUGCUGUAUGCAGAUUCCCUCAAUGAAGUGGUGUCUGAUCUCAUAGUGCACCUUGAAGAGGAGAGAAGAAAAAGUUCCUCAGGAGUAAAAGUGGAAGAUAUGGCCAACCUACUGUACCAAUUUGCCUUAGAAG